AAUCUCAGCAGCUCUCGAAAUCGCAGACAAGACCCCUCCCUCUUUCAUGAUCGACUGUCAGUCACUUCCUGCUUCCCCCUCCUCAGCGCCUGCAAUACUCUCCACCAAUCAUCCGCCUCCUCCAAACCAAUGACAUCAUCCCUUUCCUUUCCAUUGGCCAGCUAUAUUAAGAAAGUAGCCGGCCCCUUUAAAUACCAGCGUCCGACUGUCGCGGUGCUAUGGCAUAAAGUACCGAGUACUUGGGCGGCAGGAGCACUCUUUGGACAAAAAAGAAAAGGUGGAAGCCGGAGCAAAACUUGCAGAAAAACUGCCGCCCCUUUUUUUGCUCUUGUGCUCUCGGUUUCUCCCGUCUUGCCUCCGCGUCCCCUGGAAGGGAAUCCGGGGCAGAAGAGAGCAAGGAGACGAACUCCUCCUUCCAUGCAAGCAGGCAGAAGGCACCAGAGGAGCCAGCCAAGAACAGAACUGAGGCCCGGGCGAAGUGGGCGGUUCCCCCCUGCCUAAGCCGUGCGGAAGAGCCGUCGCUCCCUCCGGCGCCCGGAGAAGACAGUGCCGCCCGCUGCCCUUGCCACGCUGCCCUGUCGAAAAGGCGAAGAGCAGGAGUAGCAGCGACCAGGCGCCGGGAAGAGAGCGCUUCGGUCUCCCUGCUGGAGCACCAGAACAGGGCGGGGUUGGCGACCCUGGCCAUGGCGGCGAUCCGCAAGAAGCUGGUGGUGGUGGGAGACGGGGCGUGCGGGAAGACCUGCCUGCUGAUCGUCUUCAGCAAAGACGAGUUCCCGGAAGUCUACGUGCCCACCGUCUUCGAGAACUACGUGGCUGACAUCGAGGUGGACGGCAAGCAGGUGGAAUUGGCGCUUUGGGACACGGCAGGCCAGGAAGACUACGACCGCUUGCGUCCUCUCUCCUACCCGGACACCGACGUGAUCCUCAUGUGCUUCUCGGUGGACAGCCCCGACUCACUGGAGAACAUCCCGGAGAAAUGGGUGCCCGAGGUGAAGCACUUCUGCCCCAACGUGCCCAUCAUCUUGGUGGCCAACAAGAAAGAUUUGCGCAACGACGAGCACGUUCGCAACGAGCUGGCGCGCAUGAAGCAGGAGCCCGUCCGCACCGAGGACGGCCGGGCCAUGGCCAUUCGCAUCCAAGCCUACGAUUACCUCGAGUGCUCGGCCAAGACCAAGGAAGGCGUGCGGGAGGUGUUUGAGACGGCUACGAGAGCGGCUUUGCAGAAGCGCUACGGCACUCAGAACGGUUGCAUCAAUUGCUGCAAAGUGCUAUAAUACACCACGGACGCCGGGGGAGGGGGCGAGAGACAGGCGUCAAGGGACUGGGCUGACUCCUAAAGCCCGACGGAGAGUCGCACGCAAGAACAAACUCGGGGAGGGGUCGGACCGCACUCUUCGGGGAGGGGUGAGAGAGCAAGCUGCGCGCCCGCUCGGACGUGGGAAGCGCUGAUUUUCCACGAAGGGGCCCCCACCGGUUGAUGCAACUCCUGUUUGGUGAGCUUGGCUUUUCAGCCUGGCUCGCAUUUGCGAAGGACAGUCGUGGGGCUUCCACGGACCGAAGGCGCUCUUCUUUUUUCCUUGCUUGGAGAGGGCUUCCUAUUGGUGCCUCGCCGCGCCUAGAUCUCCCACGAAACAGCAGGAAGAGAUCGGAAGACCAUAGCUGCGCUCUUGCCUUGCUCCUCCCUCAGGAGGCUGGUGGACAGAUUUGCCUAGGUCGGGAUCCCCCCCUGCAAUCAAUCGGUGUUUUCCUUCAGGCUGGGAAGAGAGUCCUGCGUUGAGAACUGCUGAGAGGGAGGGAGGGAGGGAGGGGUAUCUGCUGAGUUGUACAUAGCCAAUUGUUUGAAUUGGGGCAAGGAAAGGAUGGGGCUUCUUUGACACUGGACUGGGACCUUGCUCUCUUUGAGACUGAUUCUAAUUUUUAUGGGGUAGGGUGGGGGUGAGUGGAUUGGGCUGUCUUCUUCCUAGCCCUUCCACGAUGAAAAGGUUUUCCUUCUGGAAAUAGCCCUUCUCAGAAGAAUGGGAUAAUAUGCUUGGGGUUAGAGAAUCCCCAAACUUCCCACAGUCUGGUGCCUGCUGUCCUUGAUAUGGUUUGGAUCCCCUCCUUUCUGUCUCCCCACCCUGUUUCAAUCUGACUUCUAUUGCAAAAGAACCUAUUUUGCACAAUGAUGAGGGUGUUUAUUUGGACACCUUAAUGCACUUGUGAGGUGCAGUGUAACUGUACCAUUACAAAACCCCUUGCAUCAUAACCUCAUUUUGAGCACAGUCCAGCUAAGCACUUUCCAGGGGAACACUUUUUAACACCCCCCCCCCUUGAUGUUGAGCCUUUGAAGAACUUUCACCAGAUAGUCAUCAAUGGGACUUUGAAAUGCUUUUUGACUGGGUUGUGCAUCUUUGUUUCUGUAUAACUGAUGACUUAUGUAAAGCCACUGUAACAUCUUCUGGGGUUGUUGUUGCAUCAAGAAACGAGUGGAAACACUGUCUUUUUUUUUUUUUUAAGGAAUGUGACAUUUUUGUCAUUUUUGUUUUACUUUUUCAGCACUAAGUGCCAUCUUUGGGCUCAUUUCAAACGAUAGUACACUUAUUUUCACCAGCCAACUUCAAGUGUGUGAGAAUAACCUGUGCUCUGUUCAGAGAGUUGAUUGAGUUAAUCCCCUUCCCCACUGACAACUUUUAACAGUGGUACUAAGAAUUUUAUUAUUUAAAACAAAUACACAAAACACUAUGUUGAUUUGGUUAAAGAAAAGACAUGUGAAGUUUACUUUAAAUCAUCUUAGCUGUAUAUGCAGGAUUUUUUUUGAUAAAGUAUUAAAAAGUUCUAUGACUACA